AUGUCAAAUAAUAAUCCUCAAGAAAGUUCCAACAAUAGUAACCUGCCAUUGAAACGAUCGACACCAAUGUUAUUUCUCGAUGCAGAAGAUAAAACUCAAGAAGCAUUAACAACUUUUGAAUUAUUAAAUGCAUGUACUUAUCAAAACAAAUAUGUUGGAUCGGCCAACGUCACCACCACAACCACCAAUAAAACAUCUGGAUCAACACUGACAAAAUCCCAUCAACAACAACAACAGAAUCGUCGGAAACUUGAAUUUAUGACAUGUGAUUGUGAAGAAGAAUGGGAUAGUGAAUUACAAAUGAAUUUAGCAUGUGGACCAGAUUCUAAUUGUAUUAAUCGAAUCACUUGUGUUGAAUGUAUUAAUAAGAAUUGUUUAUGUGGAGAUGAUUGUCAAAAUCAACGAUUUCAAAAUUGUCAAUAUAGUAAAGUCAAAGUUAUUCAAACUGAAUUAAAAGGUUAUGGAUUAAUUGCUGAACAAGAUAUUGAAGAAAAUCAAUUUAUUUAUGAAUAUAUUGGUGAAGUUAUAGAUGAAUCUAGUUUCCGUCAACGAAUGAUUGAAUAUGAUUUACGACAUUUAAAACAUUUUUAUUUUAUGAUGUUAAGUAAUGAUUCAUUUAUUGAUGCUACUCAAAAGGGGUCAUUAGGUCGAUUUAUUAAUCAUUCUUGUAAUCCUAAUGCAUUUGUUGAUAAAUGGCAUGUUGGUGAUCGAUUAAGAAUGGGGAUUUUCGCUAAACGGAAAAUUUUACGUGGUGAAGAAAUCACUUUUGAUUAUAAUGUUGAUAGAUAUGGAGCUCAAUCUCAACCAUGUUAUUGUGGUGAACCAAAUUGUAUAAAAUUCAUGGGUGGGAAAACUCAAACUGAUGCAGCAUUAUUAUUACCACAAAUGAUUGCUGAAGCAUUAGGGGUGACACCAAGACAAGAAAAAGCUUGGCUUAAAGAGAAUAAAUCAAUUAGAAAUCAACAACAAAAUGAUGAAUCAAAUAUAAAUGAAGAAUUUGUUAAUAGUAUUGAAAUUGACCCUAUUGAAAAUCAAGAUGGUGUGACCAAAGUCAUGUCAGCAUUAAUGAAAACUCAGCAUCCUUUAAUUAUAAAAAAAUUAAUUGAAAGAAUAUCUGUUAGUAGUGGUCAUGAUGCUAUUAAUGUUAUGUUUGUUAGAUUUCAUGGAUAUAAGACAAUAUCAACAAUUUUACAAGAUUUAUUAGUGAGCAAGAAUAAUGAUAAAGAAUCAGAAACAAAUGAUCACGACAACAACAAGGACUCUAUUGAAGAUAAAGAUGAGUUGAUUAUUAAGAUUUUGAAAAUAUUAGUGACUUGGCCAGCAGUUACUAAGAAUAAAAUAUCCUCAUCUAAUUUGGAAGAAGUUGUUAAAGAUAUUCAAACUAGUAAUGAAAGUAGUAACAAUAAGGAAGAAAUCAAUGAAUUAUGCACUAGUUUAUUAGAGAGAUGGUCAAAAUUAGAAAUGGCUUAUCGUAUUCCUAAACAAGAGAGUGCGAUUGCCAACAAUGCUACUGCUGGUACCGCCACCACCACGGCAACUGGAACAUCAGCAUCUCCAUUUGAAAGAAUAUCAUCUCAUACACCAGAAUUAGGUGCUACCAACACACCAACAUCAUCCUCACAGCAACAACAACAGUCACGAGAUGCUGGAUUACCAGAAAAUUGGCGUAGUGCAUUUGAUAAAAACACUGGGGGAUAUUAUUAUUAUAAUACAGUUACACAAGAAACUACAUGGGAAAGACCUUUAGGUUCGUUACCACUAGGACCUAAACCACCAAGUGGACCUGGUAUAAAAGGUCGACUUAAUAAAUAUAAUGAAAUUGAUUUAGCGAAAAGAGAAGAAUUAAGAAUUCAAAAAGAAAAAGAAAUGAAAUUUAUUGAAAUGCAAAAUCGAGAUCGUAAACUUAAAGAAUUGAUUGAAAUGAGUAAAAAAUCAAUGAAUAAUAGUGCAAACAAUUUUAAUGGUUUCUCUGAUAAUGGUGAUAAUAAUGGGAAUACUAAUACUACUAGUACUACUGGUGGUGUUUAUGGAAUUACUAGUGAUAAACAAGGUGGGAAGCAUCAUCAUGAUAAGCAUUCUAAAAAUGGUCCUAGAAAUACCAGCAUCAGUACCAGUACUAGUGACAGUGGCAGUGGUAACAUUGAAAAAACUUGGAAACGAAUAUUUGCUAAGUAUAUUCCUAAUAUAAUUAAAAAAUAUGAAUCGGAAAUUGGUCGUGAUAAUGUUAAAGGAUGUGCUCGAGAAUUAGUUAAUGUUUUAACUCAAAGUGAAAUAAAACAUGGUAAAAAACCACCAUCAAAUGAUUCAAAUAUGGAAUUAAAUGAUAAAAAAUUGAAAAAAAUAAAAGAAUAUAGUUAUCGGUACAUGGAUAAAUUUUUAAUUAAAUUUAAUAAUUCCAAAAAGAAUAAAUCUAUAACUGGAAGCAAUGGUGGUGAUAGUGAUAAGCACAAACGAAAGCAUGAUGAUGACGAUGGUAAUGAUGGAGAAAAUGGAGUUAAACGUAGUAAAGUAUAG